AUGUACUUUUACGACCCAAAAAAGUACGCUACAAAAUUAAAGGAGUACGUAUGCAACCUAUUAUCCAACGAAGAAAAUCUUCAACCAGUGGCAAAUCCAGAUUGGUCACUGUUGGGAAAACCUGUGAUGAAGUUUUUCCAAACAACGCCCGCGCCGUGGUACCAAAAUCUGUUGGGUACGUUAGAGUCGACUCCAGAAAAACCGGUCGUCAAUGCUGCCAAGGCAGUUGAAGUACGUAAGAAGGACACUGCUCCAGUACGACAACAGGAUACGUCGAAAAAUAACAAAGUAAAUGAUUACGACAAGGAGAAACUGCAAAAAUUACUGACCUCGUUCGCAGUGCCAAGGAGUCAGUUGAUUUUUUUUGCACUAGUGCUCCAUCCCACCAACUUUGGAAAGACUGUUGAAAAUGUACUUUGCGUAGCUUUCCUCGUUCGCGAUGACAUCGUGAAAUUCGUAUUAGAUAAUGAUGGUUUCCCGUUCGUUAGAAUAUGUGACGACGAGGAUAAAGCUGCUGCAACAGGUAGCCAAGUCCAAAAUUUAUUGAGUUUAUCGAUGCGACAAUGGACAGUGAAUAUCAAUCAAUAA